GAUUACUUUAGAGAGUGUGCUCAGAGGAUUGAAAGGAAAAUUGUAAAGCAGUGAAAGCUGCGUGGAUUUUAUUUAUUGUGCAUUUUCCAGUAUUUGCCCAGUGUCCAGAAAGCACUCAGUUUUAGAAGUUCCAGAAAAAUGUCGGUGGCACCUGUUGUAAUUGCGGCAACUGCCAAGCACACAGCCACGUUAAUCUUCCUGCAUGGCCUUGGUGACACCGGGCACGGCUGGGCCACCGCUAUGGCUGGUAUUCGUACACCUAAUAUGAAGGUGAUAUGCCCCACAGCUCCCACAAUUCCUGUUACCCUCAAUGCCGGCUUCAGGAUGCCAUCGUGGUUUGAUCUCAAGACCCUUGAUGUGUCUGGGCCACAGGAUGAAGAAGGUAUUCUAGCGGCUACGGCGAAUGUGCAUAAGCUCAUUGCAGGAGAAAUAAGUGAUGGCAUCUCAGCGGGACGUAUUAUCAUUGGUGGCUUCUCACAGGGCGGAGCACUCGCACUGUAUGCAGCACUCACUUUUCCAGAACCCCUAGCAGGUGUCAUUGCACUCUCGUCAUGGCUUCCGCUCCACAAAAACUUCCCAGCAGCCCUCAAGUGUCCAAAUACAGUGCCCAUCUUCCAGGGACAUGGAGACUGUGAUCCAGUUGUACCAUACAAAUAUGGACAACUUACGUCGACUGUGCUCAAGACGUUCAUGAUGAAGACCUCCUUCACAACAUACCGCGGUAUGACGCAUAGUUCAUCAGAUGAGGAACUGGAGGAUCUUAAGAAGUUUGUUGAGGAAAAUGUUCCACGACAGUAAAGAAAACCGAACGUAUGUCCUUCUAUUUUACAAAUUCUUUCUAUAUAUUCCCUUUUUUCCAUGUUUUAAUUUUUCUUUUCAUGCGUGCAGAAGAAUGUCCUCCAAAAUAUUCUUUUUUCCAUCCAUUGCCUGCAAAUGCAGAAUCUUCAUUUUAUUCAAAUUGGAAUUCUCCAAAACCCACGUAUACUAACUUAAAUAAUGGAUAUAAUUACGUGGUGUAGAUAAAUUGAAAUUUGUAGUAAUAAGGGAUGAUUAAUUGAUUUUGGAAACUUAAAACAUUAUUACCUUAUUGUUUUCAAAAAUCAAUUUUUAUUAAACAAAUUAUGUAGUUUAUUUGUCAAACGAGGUAAACUGUCGCUUCACUCUAAUUUACCUCGCCCCGCUUCGCGGGGAUUUGUUGCGCUUCGCGCAAAUUUUAGAGGGAAAAUAAAUUACUUACUUACUUACUUACUUACUUACUUAACCGGCACUACAGCUGGUCUCCAGCCUUGGCCUGAUCGAGGAUCCUCCUCCAUCUGUCCCUAUCCCGCGCCACUGUCCGCCAGUUCGGCACCCCUAUUGACUUGGCGUCCUGGUCCACGCCGUCGAUCCAUCUGAGGCUGGGCCUUCCUCGUCGCCUCGUGCCAUAGACUCUACCCCAGAGGACUUUCCGAGCUGGGUCGUCUUCAUCCAUACGUGCUAGAUGACCAGCCCACCGCAGUCUAUUAAGGCGUAUUUGCUUGACGACAUUUACCUCUCGGUAGCGCUCGUACACCUCGUGGUUGUAUAGACUGCGGAAUUGUCCUCCCUCACAUACUGGGCCAAAGAUCCUUCGCAGGAUCCUUCUUUCGAAUACGGACAGGAGUUCGCAUUCACUUUUGCUAAGUGGCCAGGUCUCGGAUGAGUAUGUGAGUACUGGCAAGAUCAUGACCUUGUACAGCAGGAGCUUUGUCUUGAUGGACAGGUGUUUGGAUCUGAAGAGUCUUGAUAGACUGAAGUAGGCCUUGUUUGCUUUUAACAGCCGCGCGCGGACUUCGGUGGUGGUGUUGUUGUCGGCUGUUAUUGUGGACCCAAGGUAGACGAAGGAUUCUACGACCUCAAAUCUGUAGUUUCCGACUUCUACUUGACCAAUGUUCUCCGUAGAUGAAGUUGGAGUCGUAGUUGGCGUUUUUGCUGACGAUGCCACCAUAUAUUUUGUUUUGUCCUCGUUGAUGUGCAGCCUCAAAUCUUGCGCAGAGCGUUCAAUCUGGGUGAAGGACUCUUUGACAUCACGGGAAUUGCGCCCCAUGAUCGUCAGCAUACGCGGAAAAUAAAUUAGGCCGGUUUAAAGGUAGAUUAGGGCCACUUAUCAAUCCCAAAGGAAAAAAAAUGCAAAGAAAAAAAAUCAAUUUCAUACAACAUUUCGCAACAACUGCAUGAAUUUUAUAUAGGGACUACCUGAAAGGGGGCUUUGAGGGGAAAAUGAAUACGGUCAUCUGAAACCGCCUGAUAUAAGGGGUCUCUGUACCAAACAUCGCGAUCGGUCAAACGGUGUAAAGUAUAGAAAAGAAGGAACGACGAUUACCAACAGACAGACCUUUCUUUAUUAUAUAGACUAGUCAACCCAAGCCCCCGAUCACGUGUGAGCAAACUCAAUUUUAAGCUAUAUAAGGGGGGCGUAUAUUAUUAGGGGGGAUGAAUAAUACGGUACCCCGAAAACGUUUUAAAAUAAAAGAAAUCCCGUUAUCUGACCCUUCAGUAUGUAGAGAAUGGGAAAAAAAUCAAAUUUUCUGUGGGGGCGCUAUAAAGGGGGGUUGGGGCGGAAUCCCAUAUAGCGCUUGCAACUCGUAUUGAUCCCCCCUACCACCAUAUCAAAUUUCAUCAAGAUCGGCCUAUCCGUUUCGGAGGAGUUCAUGUGGCACAAACAGACAGACAGACAGACUUUUCAGCUUUAUAUAUUAAGAUUUUUAAUAAAUAUUUUUGUCUUUUACAAAAGACAAAUCAGAUCGUCCCUAGAUCGUCCCUAGGCCAAAUUCAGAACUCUUCAAGAGAUCUAUGAACUACCUCGCUCCAUUAAUUGUUAAUAACGUUAGUGAUUUGAUAUGUCCAGUGGAAAUGUGUAAUGUCAGACUGUUAUUGUUGAGUGAUUUCUUUGAUACCGUGAAGACUCUGAUGAUGUCGAAAUAUGUGGGAUAAGUGUGUAUGAAUAAAUAGAUGAAAGGGGAAGGGGUCCAAACAGCCAAUAAGGCUCGAGAUUCCCAGAGUCUCUCAAAUAUGUCAUAAUAUUGAGAUGAAUAAAUUAUAUAUUAUUAUUAUUAUUAUUAUUAUUAUUAUAUUAGUUCUUUUUUUUUAAUAAUAUUAAGUAUAAUUAUAUUGGAAGUUUAAUAAUUUUAUCGUUUUAGCUACAUUUUGUCAUUGCUUGUUUGGAGUUUCCAAAGUCAAUUGUCAAUCCUUUAGUAAUAUUUUAUUAAAUUAAAAUAGGUUUUGAGGUUAUUCAUAAUUGGUAUGUGCAAAAUCCGCAAGACCAAUGCAAAAAGAAAUAAAAAGAAUAACACCGAAAAAAGUUUUUUUCCCUUUUAUCUUCAACUUUUGUCAAUAAUCUAGAGUCCUAAAAUAGAUCUAGGGUUUGCAAUUUCAAUGUAGAUAAAUUGAGCAUAAAUAAAAGUUCUUUAUGGCUCCUAAUUUACAGAAACAUAAAAUAAGACGAUUUUCCUUGCAAAUAAUGAUUUAUAUACAUACAUAUAAAAUAAAGUAAUAAUAAAAUAAAUUGUAUUUAAGUAUUAUAAUUCUUUCCCAAAAACAGUCCCUAAAUAAUACGUGUACGUACACUUUAAAAGGUAUAAAAGAAUAUUUUAGGGAAUAAUUAAGGGAAACUUGUUACAUCGCGAAGAUCAUACAUACCCAGCAGCGAUAUUUUCUAAACUCUCAAAUUAAGAAAUUUCUUUAAUUUUUAGUUUAUAAUAGAAAAUUUACUCUUUUAGUAGAUUUUACCAAAUAUACUUGAACUUUUUUUAUGAAAAAAAAAAACAUGAUGGUGCUUUCGAAAACUUUCACCUCCAUUUACAUUUUUUAAAUAAAAAUUUUAACGUUAACAUAAUUCUAUUCUAACUGAAAUAUCUAAAAACUAGUAAAUUGAAGUGGAUAUUUAAAUUGCAAUUCAGAUAAAAAGCAAUAACUGUUAGAAAUGAAAAAAUAAAUAAAAGAAAAAUUACUCAACUCGGCAGUUAUAUUAAUGAAAAAAAAAUAAAACUUAUGUAAAACAAAAUGUAACAAGUAGUCCCAAAUCCCUACUACCUCCACAAUAUCACAAUAUUAUCCAAUGAAAAAAAAAUGAACACGGACAUUUCUUCCUCUUUGUUUUCCUUUUAGCGCGUUAUUUUUUGAGUAAAAUAAUUUCUGUAAUUUUCACAUGUUAAAAUAUAUAAUAUAAAUACAUGUACAAUAAAAACUAAAAAAUAAAUACAUAGAA